ACCCAGGGCAGGUUCUGCAACUGGACUAAGUUCUACAAUGAAGUUAUGGGACACAUUUACCACCUGUUUCGUGCUGCUGAGCAGCGUACACACGAGCCCUCUCCGGAACCGACCGUCCACAAAAAGAACACGCGCUUCAGAGAGUCUCCAUGACUUCCCCCCAAUGCAGCUCAGUAUAUUUUCAACCAAAAGUCCAGAAACAGCCGACAGGGAAGAGCGAUCUGUAGAAACACAAUAUAACAUGGUUGAGCUUCAGCCAGAGCAGUUUGAGGAUGUGGUGGAUUUCAUCAAAGUCACCAUCAGUAGACUGAAAAGCUCGCUACACCUGGGCACGGGCUCAAGGAUACGAAUGAAACGAGAGAGAAGGAAAGGAGGGAAGGGAGCAACUAGAGGAAAGGACCAGAGGGAGAGGUCUGGGAGCGGACGAGGGAGAGGGCGAGGGAAAGGGGGCAGAGGACAAGGCUGUCUGCUCAAACAGAUCCACCUGAAUGUGACUGACCUGGGCUUAGGUUAUCAAACCAGCGAGGAAAUGAUCUUCCGGUACUGCAGCGGACCUUGCAGGAACUCGGAAACGAACUACGAUAAAAUCCUCAACAACCUCACCCAAAACAAGAGGCUCCUGCCGGAAACGCCACCUCACGCUUGCUGUCGACCAGUCGCCUUUGACGAUGACCUGUCCUUCCUGGAUGACCACUUGAUGUACCAUACAAUGAAGAAGCAUUCUGCCCGAAGGUGUGGCUGUGUCUGACCUCCAGCCUCUUGUGUCACUAAGAAGAGAGUCAAUAGUAGUGAGAGAACAUGGCUUGGAUCAAAACCAAGAUACAUAUUGUAGAGGCCA